AUGCCGGCCUCCACCUACCGGCGAACUCCGGGAAGGGCCCUCCGCUCAGCAGAGGCGCCGUGCCAGGGCACCGCGGCCAAUCCCCUCGACGGAGGCGCGCCCACCCGCAAGGGGAACGCGCACACCGGAAAUCCUAUGAGUUUUAUCUCGGCUAUUGAGCCCCUCAAUGGAGGGAACUAUGGCUCGUGGCGAGAGAAGGUUGAGAUGGGGCUUGCUUUGCUUGACCUCGACUUGGCACUGAUAGAGGCUUGUCCCAUAGAACCUAAGGACCCCGUGAGGGGCGACAAAGAAAGUGAAGAUGACUUCAACAAAAGGGUUCUUGACCAUGGACCAAAAAGAAUGAUGUACGAUCUUGAUCGUGCUAAGUGGGACUCGUCCAACAGAAAGUGCUUGAUGGUGAUCAAGAGCUCCAUUUUGGAGGCUAUAAGGGGAGCAAUCCCACAGUGCGACACCGUCAGUGAGUACCUGAAAAAGGUAGAGAGUCAGUUUACUGGGUCUUCCAAGGCCUAUGCUAGCACUCUCAUAAGAAAGCUUGUCACUACAAAGUACACUGGUGGUGGAGUAAGGGAUCACAUAUUGAGGAUGAGCCAUAUGUCUUCCAAGCUCAAGUCUAUGGAGAUGGAGCUUCCGGAACAGUUCAUCAUCCAUCUGAUCUUUGCCUCACUCCCAAAAGAAUUUGAGACCUUUGCUGUGAACUACAAUGCACAGCCAGAAAAAUGGGCCAUUGAGAAGAUGAUUGCCAUGUGUGUGCAAGAAGAAGAGAGGAUCAAGGGGCAAUCUGAGUUCCAAGCCACAAGGGAAACCUCAGUGGAAUCCUCCUCCCGCUAA